AAUACUAGUUCUGAGUAUUUUGGGCAAUCAGUGUGAACACCCUGACCGUACUAAUUUGGGUGUAAAUGGGAUUCGAUGAAAUGCUACUACCAUGACCACCCUCUCAGUAAUCAAAAUCAUAUAAAAUACUAGUUCUGAGUAUUUUGGGCGUUCUUAUAAAACAGUAUCUUUGAGUACUUUAGAUAUCGGGUACUUUUGAUUGAUUUUAUUUUUUUUUUCAUUUCAAUGCAUAUGUUAUAUUAUGUUACACAAGUUUUUUUUAUAGGAAACUUUUUGUUUUAUUUAAUUCAAAUGUGAUUAAAUUAUUCGUUAGUUCCAGUUUGUUUUCGAAGAUCGGGUUUUGAAUAUAGUAUACCACAUUUAGUUCACUACUGGACUGCGAACUGCGACAUUAUAAGUGCGAAAACGUAAAUAAAAGUGCGCGAUUGCAUCAAAUCAGGUUGAUUUCUUCGGCGCACUAUUUCUUCAAUCUAUGGAGAACAAGUGCUCUGAAGACACCGAGUUGAUUUGAUGCAAUCGCGCACUUUUAUUAGCGUUUUCGCACUCGUGAAAACUAGUGCGAUAGUCCAGUGGUGAACUAAAUGCGCUAUAACCAAGAAUUGAUUAUUAUCCUGUUUUUUUUUUACUAUAGGAUCAGAUGUUGAAAGCUCAAUGAGCGAUGAUCUUCGUGGCCAUUGCUCUGAACAGCCACCAACAGGUACCCCCGAUCCUGAUGAACAAUUCGAAUAUAAAGGUAUACGACUAACCAAAUCGAAAACAAAAAUCAUUGAAAUUCCUGCUCUUGUCGCUGGACAAAUGAUUGAUCAAAAGCUAGAUUGUUACUGCGCUGCUUGCAUAAAGUGGGCUGCAUAUCGGAGUUCAGCAAGCAUAUCUCAAGGCGAGGAACUAAAACAUUCAUCUGAAACAAGCACUGAAACUCCAGUAGCUGAAAGAAUGACCCAAAUUUAUCGCUGUUUUGGUUCAUUACGACCAAGGAAAAAGGUUAUUGAGCGGCUCGGGUGUUUUGUGCCAAAAUGCAAACGGAAGCGUGGAUUGACCAAAAAAGUUGUCAAGAAGAGGUAAAUAUUGUGUGUGUGACUUUCGUGUAAUGUAGAUGUGCCUUUAAGGUUGAAGGAUUCUUCAUUGACCUCUUCAAACCUCCCCCCCCCCCCUUGUGCACGGGCUUGCCACUGCGGAAAUAACAGAUUUGAACGAGAAAACUACUUUCGAAUUUUCGAUGAUAACAGUUAUAUCAGAGACGAAUCUUCCAACCUUAAUGACUAGAAUGGUUGCAUAUUUGGGCAUAUUGGAUAUUUAGAAAAUAUCGAACUUUCAAGUAUUACUAGUUUUUUAGCAAAAAAAAAUUGUUCCUAAUAUUAGAGCAUCCUAAAUUCUAUUAACUUAGAAAAAAUGCCCCAUUAUUUUGUAAGUCCCUUGUAUCCCUAUCUCUCGAUGUUCAGUACUUUCACCCCUGUAGGAUUAUUGUAAGUUGAGGAAGUUUUAUUUUUUUUGUUUCAAGGGUUCAGGUAAUAGAUGCCGAUGAAUAUACAAAAACGGAAUUGUUUCAAGAGGAUCUCAUUCAAGGACGUCGAAUAGUUGACUAUGAAUAUUUCAUUAAGUGGAUCACAAUGGCCCAGGCUGUACAUUCGCAAAAGUGCAAAGGUCUGUUGUGUCCGUAUAAAGAAAGUUUUAAAUCUAUGGUCUCCACGUUAUUCUUGAAAUGUAAUGUGUGUGAUGUCAUCGUGUGUGGAUAUUCGGAAAAACCUAGCUCAAAAAAGAGACUAAGGUUUUGCCUUGACUGGGGAAUUCUCUGCAGCGGUGGAACAUUUACAAUGGCAGAAGAGCUUUUUUCCUUUCUCAACAUGCCGUUUACAUCCAAAAACUCGUUCAUUAGGGAUGAGACCUCUAUGGAUGGAGUAAUUGAAGCAGCGCUCGAACAAUCCAUGAAUAAUGCCAUCGAAGAAGAGAAAACGGCAGUUAGUAAGGAACUUGAACAGCAUGGUUUAGUACCUAACCAACAAGAAAUGGUUGAGUCAUGUGCGGCUUUGGAUGGCUCCUGGGGCCAACGAAGUAACGGUCACCGAUAUAAUUCGGCAUCUGGAUGUGCAGCAAUAAUGGGUGUCAGAUCCAAGAAGGUUUGCUACGUGGGGGUCCGAAAUAAAAGAUGCUUUGCAUGUUCUCUGAAUGUACGCCGAGCUAUGAAUAAAAAAGAAAUACGGAACCAUAAGUGUUAUCGUAACUAUAAAGGGGCUUCCGGAGGCAUGGAACCUGAUAUAAUAAUCGAAGGAUUUGAAAAACUACACAAAAAAGGAAUAAAGUUUACUACCGUGGUAACAGACGGAGAUUCCACAACCGUUGCGCGACUGAAAAAUAAAUGCAAAUACGGUUCUGAAAUUCGCCAACAACUCUGUUGCAACCAUGCGAUGAAAAGCCUUGGAAAGCGUCUUAGAGAAAUAAAAUGUCCGAAACAAUUUUCUGAUAUUGUAUCAAAGUCAAUUGAACGCAUAACACGAGGAAUUCGAUCAGCUAUUAAGCAUUGUGCCGAAGAGACAAACGGUCAAGAUAUCGAGGGUUUGAGACACGAUAUAAGGAAUGCCCCCUUCCACGCCUUCGGUUCUCACGAUGAUUGCCGAUCGUAUUUUUGUACAAACAAAGAGAAUGUCGCUGAUUCUCGCGGGAUAAUAUCUGAUUUGAAAUGCGCUGGAAUAUGGGAUAAGAUCAUGUUGGCUGUAGAAAAAACUGCCGCUAAAGCCGAGUUUUUUAGCGAAAAUCAAACUAGUAACUUGGUUGAAAACUUGUACUGUAGGCUGAGUAAGUACAAUGUGGGCAAGCGGAUCGAUACAAUGAGCAGGGGCUCAUAUCAGAGGAGAGUGUAUAUAACAGUACUUCAACAUAAUGAAGGUUACAAGUGGCACGACAGAUCUAUGUUCGAGUAUACCGGAGAGAAUCCUGGAUACUGGCUUCGUCGUUUGUUCCAACGGAAAACUGCUUCAUUUUUGUAUACUAAAAAAAUGCAGAACAGUUCAGGCUUUGUGAGGCGGAAACCAGUGCCAUAUGACGAAAUAGAGAAAGAUUAUGGAGUUGAUGCAGUAGAAGCUUCUGAGCAAGAGAUGAACAUAAUUGUUGACGCUUCAAGCAUGAAGCGAAUGUAUGAGCCGAGCGAGUCUACUAAACAGUUAUUGAAAAAGGACGUAACUAUGUCACAAAUGGAGGAGUUUGCAUUUGGGCGUAUAUUGUCUAAAUAUGUUCCGGAAAUAAUAAAUUCAAGGGAAUCUACGAAGCAGAAAAAGUGCGAUUUCAUUCUCCAAACAACAAAUACGUGGAAUUAUCUCAAGACGAAUCGUCCGAUCAUCAGUCUUAUUCUGCGUUCUUUGAAAGAUCGACAUUCGAUUGUGAUGGGCGGAAACAGAAUAUACAUUGAUUCAUGCCACAAUUUUCUCUGCUGUGUGCCAGAUGCUGUAUCUGACGAUGGUUCAACGCUGCUGUUGAUAAAAAGAAAUCAUCGGAAAGCAACAAAAGAAGCCGUGCGCAAAACUAAAGGAAAAAAACCGAUGGUUGACAGGGCUACGUUUAUUGAAGCACAGGCAAUGAUGCACAUAUGUGAUGCGACGAAAUGUGUGGUCGUUAUGCUCGAUUCCAAUCACCAGACUGAUUAUCUUUUACAUGAGCUUGCUUACGAUGACACGUUUUUCAAAGCACGCCUCAUUGCUAAGAUCACAGAAUUCUUCGAAACCUUCAUAUCAGUAAAGGUUUCGGCUAAUGAAUUGAAUGUAAAGAUUUGAUUAGGAUUAAGAUUAAGAUUUGAUCGAUUAAGAAUAAAGAGUAUAAAUAACCCGAGUAAUACAUAUUUAUUCCCUCUCAAUUAUGACGUAAACAUAUUCCUUCACUUUUGUUUUAAACUACUAUCUGCAAUACCCAAGCUAAUAACUAUACCGUCCCGUUACUUCAGCAUGGUACAUAAAUAUAAGCAUUGGAAAACUAAAUGAUAACAAAAGUUACAAGAUCAUUUAGGUGGAUUGAUCACAGCUCUGAUGUAAACACUGUUUUGACAGUUCUUUUUUUUAUAAGUAGUCGUGAAUGAAAUUGUAACACUAAUACAAUCAAUAUAUGUGAAUAACGUUUUCGUUCACCAAUACUACCAAAAAUUUUGUAAACACUCAAGCAACCUUCACCUUAAGGUGAAGGAGAAUCUCACAAUAUAGGUUAAAAUAAAUGGUCGUUUUUGUUUCUAGGGAUACUGCCCCACAAGAGCACCAAGUUGGUUUGUUGUCUAGCUAAAUGUAUACAAUAAAUGUAAUCUCUUAAUAACUUCCAGUUCACGUUCUAGACGUAUUUUUGUUAGUGGACGACGUGUUCCUAAUUAUGGACACCAUAAGAUGCCGUGGUCCUUAUUCUGAACAAACAGUUUUAAUUACUAUGUACAAACACAUGCACUACGUUUACAGUUGAGUCAAAAACAAUACGCUUUGUAACGAUUGGAUUAUAGAGGGGCUCAAUAAAAUUAACGCCUCAACUCUCGAUUCAAUAUUUUGCUUCAUAAGAGAAAAAUCUUUUUUGGAUUAGCCGACUGUUCAGAAUAUGGAGCUGUCUAUAAUAUGGUGCUCGCACGGUACCGAAAAUCUGUAAAAUAUCAUAAAGAAAACAUUGAAUUACCGAAAUUCUACGGUAAUUUUUAAACCCUCAUUACCGAAGAGUACGGUAAUUUUUGACAGGCUUCGAAAAUUUAUUUUACCGGAUGUUCGGUACACAUUUAGAGUACCGAACGGAUUACCGAACGUUCAGCUGUUGAGAAUUCGGUAAAAAAUUACCGAAUACUGUAAAAAAAUCUAAGUGUGUA